CAAACGCUUUUCUUGAAUUUUCUUCUAUAAAUUCUAUCACCCAAAACCAUUCAGACCUCCCCUUCUCUCUUCUCCCUCGUUCAAAGAUUUGGCCUUCCUUCUUCCUGUUUAGUUCUUCUGAAUUAUAUCCACCCAAACACAUUAGAACAAAACCAUUAAUGCUUAAUCAGCAGUUCUUGGUCAUUGAGACACAUGUCUCCGAUCAUUCUCAGUGAGAUCUUCCUCUCUGAGUUUAUGCUGAACUCCACCAUCAGGCGCAGGACACAUCUCGUUCAAUCUUUCUCUGUUGUCUUCCUUUACUGGCUUUACUACGUCUCUUAGGUCUCAUAAUUAAUCUCCAGUUUUUCUUCUUCCGUUAUAUAUAUAUUAUAUUCUCGUAAUCAAAACCCUAGUUUUUAAAGUCUUUCUUUUGUUUCUUGCUCGUUACGUCAUCGAUCUGGGUCCUGUCCUGCUUUAUCUCUCUUCUCGUAAAGCAAAAGAGCUUCUUUGUUUGUUUAUUUGUACGUUUUCUAAAUGGAACCGUCGUCGUCGGGAACAACUUCGCCAUCGGGAUCGGAAGAGAGUCUCAUGGAGCAGAGGAAGCGGAAGAGGAUGCUCUCAAACCGUGAAUCAGCGAGGAGAUCGAGGAUGAAGAAACAGAAGCUCCUGGACGAUCUAACGGCUCAGGUUAACCAGCUCAAAGAACAGAACAACGAGAUCGUGACAAGUGUCAGCAUCACGACGCAGCACUACUUAACUGUCGAAGCAGAAAACUCUGUUCUCAGAGCUCAGCUUCAUGAACUCAGCCACAGACUCGAAUCUCUCAAUGACAUCAUCGAGUUACUCGACAGUACCAACGGGAUUUGUCCGAGCCUUCUGACUGGUCCAGAGCCUGAUGAUUUUCUCGUGAACCAGAUGAAUACGAACAUGUUUUGUAUGAACCAGCCUCUCAUGGCAUCUUCUGAUGCGUUACUGUAUUAGAAAUGUGGUCCAGAAAACCUCGAAAUACAAAAUGGGACCGUUUCUUUUGUCUGAUCUUAAGAUAUGUCCGUAGGGAGAUAUAUGAAAACAAUCUAUUAGUGGGGUAUGUUGUUUGAUUGUGCUUUGUUCCGUCUUUGGCUCUAUGUAUUAAAAGCAUCGUUGUUAUGAGUGUUUGCAAUAAAGGAUCUGUUGGCAUGA